UUGACAUAGUGCUAUAGUGUUGUAAAUCACAGGAUAUGCCCACGAGGCACAGUCAUUAAAAAUCAGUUACCUUCGCCGGGUUUCAUUUCACUGAACCUACCACUGAAUUAUGCUUACUGCACCAUCUGCAUGAAUAAUUUGGGUGCGAGUUAGCAACACUGAUGUGGGUGGUCCAUCGUUGGAUACGAAUUACUGUUGACGUCCUACCAUGUAUUCUUAUCAUGAAAACAAGUUCAUUUCUACCAGGCAAGCCCGGAAUUGCUAAUAUAACAGGCUUUUAAAAAAUGGAGUUUCCUAGAGACAAGAACCGAGCAAAUCGGAAAGCUUUUUCAUCGAGUUCCAACGAAUCAACGAAGAAAACAACAAACGCACUAAAGAAGUAUCGGCAACGAGAACUCAAAGAUGACCAUCGAGUGAUAGUCUUGACGACCCCCGGCCUAAGGUGGCCAAACAAGCGCUGGACAACAUUGAAAGUGAACAUAAAAUGAACCAGGUGGACGCCAAAAUCCAAGGGGAGCUCACACCACAGGAAAUUCGGGAUUUGAAAGAUGUGUUUGAUACAUUCGACAAGGAGCAUCGCGGAUUUAUCGAUGCCGACGACUUGCGCCGAGCGCUGAGGGUAAUGGGCUUCAAAGUCACUCAAGAUGACUUGACAGAAAUGAUUGCCGACGUUCAUGGGAAGACAGUCCCUCGUCGCGAAGUCACGUUUGAGCAGUUUCUGGAGCUCGUGGUGUACAAACAAGGGGACGCGAGGGAUGUAUACGCCGAGCUUGAACAUGGUUUCAGGAUGAUGGACAUAGGUGAGAAGGGCCAUCUGACCUUUGAUGACAUCAAGAAGGCAUCUCAGGCGGCAGGACUGAAGUUCCGCGACAGCACGAUCCGGGACAUGAUGGAUGAAGCAGACACCAACGGUGAUGACCUAAUAAGCAAGGAAGAGUUCUUCCAAGUUAUGCUGCAGACCAACCUGUUUUAGCCCGGCACUUUUCAGAGUGCUUUGCUGAUGCAGUCCCCCAUCUCCGACGAGUCCUCUGACGAUGUGUCAACGAUCUGUGUGCAGAAAACGCAAAGCCAAUUGGACGGCACCAACCUAUCUCGAAGGCUGGGUCUCGCUCUCGCGGGAACUAACUGCUUGUGAAGUUGCACCUGGAUAAAGCUCCGAGCGGGAGAUAACGAGGAUGAAACCCAAAUAAUUGGCAGUUUCAAGUAACGCGUUUCAUGGUCAAUCACAUUAUUUAUUGCUAUAUUCUGUGUUUUUUAAUGAACGACUGUGAACACAAAAUAAAAGAAUACAUGCAUUUUCCUGGUAUAACUGCUUCCUUCGCAGAACCGAUUUAACAGUCUACAUUAGUGAACUCAUAAAACCUCUCUGCAUAUAAAAAUUUUUCAGUAAAAUUUGGUCAAUACUGUGGUCUUCAUUUAAUUCAACAUUUGGAAGAGUGGUGCACCUUCACAGAUAAAAAACUCUAACCAAUAAAAGUUUCGUUUAGAUGAGUGACA